UUUCCACUGAGACCUUCCUGGCUGACUGACAAGAUGAAGACUCUCUUCAUUUUAGUGGCUCUGCUCUAUUUCUGUGCUGGCAGCUUUGGAUGUGACUCAGGACUUUGGGUGGAUUGGGACUUUCCAGGUUCAGACUUCAAAAGCCUUUUCUCUCCGGAUGCUGAACACUGUCAGUUCCUCUGCACUCAGGAGGCGCCUUGUCUCUUCUGGGCGUUUAUUCGUCCUGACUCCAAGAUUGAUAACAGAUACUACUACUGCUUCCUUAAGGCCUCCUCCUCAGGAAAACCGGACAAUCAGAAUCCCAAGCAGGGCACCACUGCUGGUUAUUCUCUGAAGUCCUGCAAUCCACUACCGACUCUGUCACUAUCCAAAGUUUAUGAGAAUGUGGACUUCCCUGAAGCGGACUACAGAAGCAUCUUCACGGUGGAUUACAAGGCGUGUCAGAAAGCCUGCACUGACGAUCCUUUCUGCCAGUUCUUCACUUUCGUCAAUGAGAAGUUUAGCGACACAAAUAUCCGGCACCAGUGCUACCUUAAAUACAGCUGGUCAGUACCAAGAACCCCAGCUGUCAUAGCUCUUGCUGACAGAAUAUCUGGAUUUUCUCGUGAAUUACAAAUAAUUCCAUCCUGUCACACAGAGUGUGAGGACACACUAUUUCCAAACACUAACUUUCCUGGUUACGACAUCGAGGUUCACCAAGCUGGCUCUCCUGAACUGUGUCAGGUGUUGUGCUCCGCUCACCCAAAAUGCACUUACUUCUCUUUUGUCAGCAACCAAUUUAAAUGUUAUCUGAAGAACAAUCCAAAUCAAAUGGUCCCCAAAGUUGAGAAUGGUGUAACAUCUGGGCUGCCAUCCCAAUCCUGUCCGCUGCGUAACGAGAUAAAUCCAACCUCACCAAGUCACGUUACAAUGUAUAAAGGAGUGGAUUUCCCAAACUCUGACAUUCGCUCUUUCCCACUGAACAACGUUGAGUUGUGUGAGAACGCCUGCACCUCGGACCCAAACUGCCAGUUCUACAGCUACGUUACCUCAAGCCGUCUCUGCUAUCUGAAGCGUGUUAUCACCAUGCCUGCUCCUCCCAAAGUGGCCAACCUAGCUGGCGUGGUGUCGGGCUUCACCCUGAGGAACUGUUUCCUUUGAAUCCUGCAGCUGCAUUAAACUUUUUAAUGACUGGGCUUCUUACACAACUUUAUAGCAAGAUUAACAACUUUCAACUGCCAAAUGCUUAGAGUUUUAAGUGCUUGAGAAAUAGUUAUUCUUAUUAUCUAUGGAUUUCCAUGAAUAAUAAAGUGCUGGCUUUCAAUUUCCAUAUUGUUUAGGGUAAGGGUUAACAAUAUGAAAGGGUUAGGGUUUCAUUUCAUUGUAUUUGUGCGAUCAGGACUAAGUGCUCAGCUAUAUUUUAAAAUCGAUCUCUUAGGGAACAGAGUCUCCUUUUCUAGUUUAAGGAAGCUAAUGUCUACUUCACCCUGAUUGUAAAGUUGAUUAUGUUUAAUGAUUUAUGAUGAUCUACAGAAUUGUAACUGGAGUAAUGAUACAUUGUGUGAAGUGAAGUGACAUGUUUUUCCCAGACUGUGUUGAAACUAGAGCAGAUGUCAAAACUGAGCUGAGUGGGGAGGUAGGAGAGCUCCAAAGAGGGAGUAAGAUGUUUUCUUCAAAAUUAAAUUAAGGAAGUAAGCCAGAUAGCCAGUGGAAGAUCUGAGCGUUCAGAAGACAACAACCAGUUCUGCUGUGCUUCUAUUCUGAAGAGGAUUUUGCCGUACAAAGACAAAGACUCUGACCAAGGACAUUUGAAGUUUUCUGUUGCCAAGAUCAUCCAUCCUCUGGGUAUGAGUUGAAUUGCUCCCCAAAGCCUCGCUCAGUAAAUUAGUGACACAGUUUAGGGAAAGAAGUUAGGCUAGAAUGAAGGAGGUUUAUAAUGAUUUUAAUUUUUAUUCUUAUUUUGUAAUCAUUGAUAAUUAAUCUGUCUGUCACUUAUCCCUGCUAAAAGCUUGCUUAAUAAAGAUGCAUUAAAAUUCUAA